AUGUCUUAUAUACAACAUAAGUAGCUUUCCAUAUCUUUAAAUCAUAUUCUUCUAAAAUGAGACUAUGUGCUUUUAUUAUAAGUUAUUUAAUUAAUUAAUUGCUCACUUUUUGAGAUUUAGGAUGUGUCCUUUAGCAUGCAGAUGGGACUGCUAUGCAGUUGGGGUGUCUGGUGGCCACUGGCGGCCAUGUUGGAUCCAGCCAGUUGUCAGUCAGCCCAUUUGAAGAGGCACCCUGUCUUCAUAGGUAGGUAAGGUUAGGGUGGGGUAGAAAUGCAGCCAGGUGGGGCUGGGGUUGUGGCUCAGAGGAAGAGCACUUGCCUAGCAUGUGUGAGGCACUGGGUUUGAUCCUCAGCACCACAUAAAAAAAUAAAAUAAAGUUUUGUGUCUACCUAUAACUAUAAAGUAAAUAUUAAAAAAAAAGAAAAGAAAUGCAGCCAGGUCACCUGGGCAGUAUGAGAUUAGCAGGGUAAUAUUUUGCUAUAUUUUCCUAAUAACACUCCACUCCAGAAAACUUGUAAUACUAGUUCCAUUCCCAUCAACCUGUGUGUGAGUGACCACUGUAUUGUUUUUCAGUUGCUAAUUCUAAAGGUUAAAAAGUAGUAUCCUUUUGUUGAACUCUGCUUAUUUUAAUUGAACUUAAAUUUUUUUUUUUUUUUUUUUUUUGGUACUGGGCAUUCAACUGAUGGGUGCUCUACCACUGAGCUACAUCCCCAAAUUGAAAAUUGACUGUGUUAAUUUUCAUUUAGUGAGCAUUUAGUAGGUACUUGUCGAAUGAAAGAAUAAUCAUGUUUCUUGAUGUGUCAGUCUUCUUUACUUACAUAGGAAUAUUGUUGUUUUUUUGUUUUUUUUUAAAAAGAGAGAGAGAGAAUUUUAAUAUUUAUUUUUUAGUUUUCGGCGGACACAACAUCUUUAUUUGUAUGUGGUGCUGAGGAUCGAACCCGGGCCUCAUGCAUGCCAGAUCCCACGUGUGCUCAGUCCCUUCAGUGCUGGCAGGCUGCUGUGGAGCGACGUCCAUUCCCUCUUUCUGACAUGGCCCAGGAGUCUGGAGACCUGGCGUCUGACUGUCAGUUCUGGCUGCAGAAGCUCUCUGGGUGGGACCAGGUCUGCACUCUGGAGACCCAGCAGGACACCUGUCUUCACCUUCCUCGGUUCCAGGAAUUCCUGAGACAGAUAUAUGAAGCCCUGAAAGAGGCGGAUCCUGCUACGAUCAUGGAAAGAUUCCCCACAAUCCGUCAACUGUUAACAAAAACCUGCCAGAAUCCUUUUAUCUUAGCAUAUGAUGAAAGCCAGAAAAUUGUAAUAUGGUGCUUAUGUAGUCUGAUUAACAAAGAACCACAGAGUUCUACAGAAUCAAGACUUAACUCCUGGGUUCGGGGUUUGUUAUUGCAUAUACUUUCAGCAUUCAGAUUUGAUGUAAAAGAAGUUGGCCCUUUCACUCAGUGUCUUGGGUACGAGCCUGCAGAUUACUAUCCUGGUUUGCUUAAAAAUAUGGUGGCAUCAUUAGUGUCUGAGCUCAGGGAGGAUCAUCUUAAAGGAUCGAACACUCAAAGACGGAUGGCUCCUGAGCGUUUGAUGUCCCUGUCACGCAUCUGUGUCCCUCUUGUUACUCUGCCUGAUUGUCAACCCCUGGUGGAGGCCCUGCUCACCUACCAUGGCCAAGGGCCUCAGGAGGUCCUCUGGCCCGAGCUCUUUGAAGCCAUCAACGAGGCCUUUUUGCUGAAGAAGAUCUCUCUCCCCGUGGCGGCUGUCACCAGUCUAUGGCUUCGGCACCUUCCCAGCCUUGAAAGAGCAGUGCUAUGUCUUUUUGAAAAGCUCGUCUCCAGUGAGAGGCAUCGUCUGAGAGAGAUCGAGUGCUUUGUCAAAGACUCAUUACUGCCUCAAGCAGCCUGCCACCCGGCUGUGUUCAGAAUUGUCGAUGAGAUGUUCAGGUGUGCACUCCUGGAGACGGAUGGAGCCCCGGAAGUCCUGGCUGCUCUUCAGGUGUUUACACGGUGCUUCCUGGAAGCUCGGGACAAGGAAAACAAGCAGCUGAGGUUUGCGUUCAAGGCCUACUUUCCUCACGCCCCUGCGUCUCUUGCCACAGUGCUGUCGCAACUUCCCGAAGGUCUCCCCCAGGGACGCUGGCUCCAGCGACUGCAGCUCAUCUCCCAGCAGCUCAGAGAGGCCGUGGAAAACCAGCCCCAGGGAUCCCGUGGAGGGCCCCUGCAGACCUGGUUUCUGCUCGCCCACUUUGGAGGAUGGGCUGACGUGGCCGCCGAGCAGUUACUGAGGUCGGACAUGGACCCGCCUGCAGCCUUGCUGUGGUUCCUGGCCUUCUACCACGGCCCUCAGGAGGGGGCCCAGCAGAGAGCACGGACCAUGGUGCAGGCUGAGGCCGUGCUCCGCCGCCUCCGUGAGCUGUCGGGAAGCGCCCACCUCUCGGCCAGGGAUCUGCAGGCUUUGGGGGAGAGCAGCCCGGGGGACCCCAGAUCGCCUGCGUGCACCCAGCUCAUCAGGCAGCUCCUCCUCACCUUCCUGCUCUGGGCUCCCAGAGGCCACACCGUCGUCCGGGAAGCCACGGCCUUUAUGGCCCCCACCCGUGACGUCACCCAGGAGGUUAUUGGCUUUCUGGACCAGACCUUGUACAGAUGGGACCAGCUGGGCACGGGAGCCUCUGGGCCAGGAGCACUGGCCAGGGCACUCCUUCAAGAGCUGCGAGCGCAAGUCUAGCGGGGACGCAGGCCCUGAGGCGCCGUGGGCCGGGUGCCAUCUGCCGAGGCUGCGCCCCAUCUGUGGAGCGCUCUCUUGAGCUUAGAGACUGAGCCAUCGCCAUCUCGGGAUGGUCAGUAGCACGUAGGACAAAAUGAGAAGCCGUGUGCUUGACCAUACUUGGCCCCUGUACCCACAAGUGACCCCAGAGGCCUGCCCAGCCCAGGACACCAGCCAGGGACCUCAGCAGGAUGGGCUGUUCCAUUUCUGGUCCUUCAAGCGAGGUGUGGGACUUUUUUUUUUUUUUUUUUUUUUAAUGAUUCAAAGUCUUUAGACGAAAAUCCGGUCAACUGGGCCUUGGUCUGAAGCUUGGCCUCUUCUCCAAGGUGCUUCCCAGGGCUCAGGCUGCUGUUCUCGGGGACCUGAGAAAGGUCAUGGACUCUGGCUCCCUGGCAUUCUUCCUCUAGGAGUGGACCCCUCAGGUUUCCCCCAGGGCCCCCUGACCAGCCCAGGGGAAAGCUGCUCACCAUGGGGGGUCCCUGGUGCUGAGCAGAGGAGCACAUGGCGCAGGGAGCCAGCCUGGCCCAGGGUCUCGGCCCUGGGUCAAUACUGCCUGCCACCAAAGGGCUCCUGCUACUACGCAAGGGUCCACAGUGGCCCUGGAUGCAACAGGAGAGGGUGACACCGCACCAAAACAAGAAUUGGGUCCUAACAGAACCAGCGGCCCUGAGUCAGUGUCCCUCAGUUGAGGACGUGGUUCAGCCUCAUUGUGCCUUGCACUGCCCUCGGCUCUGCUGUGGAGGUGUGGAGUGACCCGGGGCACCCUCUCGCCCUCUGGUUUAUGUGAUGGACGUCUUUGGGUCUUGCUCCUUUGAGGUGUGAGGUUUUGUGGGGUUGGAAGUUCACCUUUAGGGGAAUCACGCUGCUGAAUGAGCCAGCCCCAGGCCCUGGGGCCUGGGCCUUUCUGCUGGGGAACGUCUUGGUGUGGACAUCAGGGUCACUGUGGUGUAAAGGUUCCUCAGAGUGCACAGUGGCCCUGGAAGGAGGGCUCCCUCCUGUGCUGACUCUGAACCAGAGCCUGGGGACCUGCCCUGGGACCUGGGGUCAGCCCCUGUGGACGUGACGAGAGGCUGGAUUUGGUGGCAGCACGUGACCCCAACAGGAGGGGCCCCGGAGGCAGAGCCCCCGUGUGGGUGGGCUCCAGAGGAAAAUGCAGAGCGUCCUCCUCACCGCCAAGUCCCCAGUCGCCCUCCCUGCUCCCAAGUUCCCUGCGAUCCCACCUGACCCUGUGCCCCGCAGUCUCACAGCAAAAAAUAAAGCCAGGUGCUUUUCCA